GCUCACUCAGCGCGCGCCUACCCCUCCCCAGGAGUGCGAGGACUUGAGCGCGCGCGCGCCCCCCCGCGGCCACCAUGCGCGAGAUCGUGCACCUGCAGGCGGGCCAGUGCGGCAACCAGAUCGGAGCUAAGUUCUGGGAAGUGAUCAGUGAUGAGCAUGGCAUUGAUCCGACUGGCACUUACCAUGGUGAUAGUGACCUCCAGCUGGAAAGGAUCAAUGUCUACUACAAUGAGGCCACAGGAGGGAAAUAUGUGCCCCGCGCAGUACUGGUGGACCUGGAACCAGGGACCAUGGACUCCGUCCGUUCUGGCCCCUUUGGGCAAAUCUUCAGGCCAGACAACUUUGUCUUUGGCCAGUCCGGGGCUGGGAACAACUGGGCCAAAGGUCACUACACAGAGGGUGCUGAGUUAGUGGACUCGGUCCUGGAUGUAGUUCGCAAGGAGGCGGAGAGCUGUGACUGCCUGCAGGGCUUCCAGCUGACCCACUCGCUAGGUGGGGGCACAGGCUCAGGCAUGGGCACCCUACUGAUCAGCAAGAUCCGUGAGGAGUACCCAGAUCGCAUCAUGAACACGUUCAGCGUGGUGCCCUCACCCAAGGUGUCAGACACCGUGGUGGAACCCUACAACGCCACCCUCUCGGUCCACCAGCUGGUGGAGAACACAGACGAGACCUACUGCAUCGAUAACGAGGCCCUCUAUGACAUCUGUUUCCGUACCCUCAAGCUUACUACUCCCACCUAUGGGGACCUCAACCACCUGGUGUCUGCCACAAUGAGUGGAGUCACCACCUGUCUCCGCUUCCCAGGCCAGCUCAAUGCUGACCUGCGAAAGCUUGCGGUCAACAUGGUCCCCUUCCCCCGUCUCCACUUCUUCAUGCCUGGCUUUGCCCCCCUCACCAGCCGAGGGAGCCAGCAGUACAGAGCGCUGACGGUCCCCGAGCUCACUCAGCAGAUGUUCGACGCCAAGAAUAUGAUGGCAGCCUGCGACCCCCGCCACGGGCGCUACCUGACGGUGGCGGCCGUCUUCCGCGGCCGCAUGUCAAUGAAGGAGGUCGAUGAGCAGAUGCUGAACGUGCAGAACAAAAAUAGCAGCUACUUUGUGGAGUGGAUCCCCAACAACGUCAAGACAGCAGUGUGCGACAUCCCGCCCCGGGGUCUCAAGAUGGCAGCCACCUUCAUCGGCAAUAGCACCGCCAUCCAGGAGCUCUUCAAGCGCAUCUCCGAGCAGUUCACGGCCAUGUUCCGCCGGAAGGCCUUCCUUCACUGGUACACGGGCGAGGGCAUGGAUGAGAUGGAGUUCACUGAGGCUGAGAGCAAUAUGAAUGACCUGGUCUCUGAGUACCAGCAGUAUCAAGAUGCCACGGCAGAAGAGGGAGAAUUCGAGGAAGAAGCUGAGGAGGAAGAAGUGGCCUAGAGUACACAGACCCCCGUUACCCUUCCCAGUUCUGACCCUGUGUCACCCUCACUCUUGCUUGAUACUCCUCUCCCUGAAUUUGGCCAUGCCCCUGUGCUCCCUCGAUUUCUCUGCUCUUCAUGUGACUUCAUAUUGUCCUCUGACCCCACCAAACCUUUAUCCCUCUAAAUCCCCUAUAUUGUCUCCCUAAUUGAUCUGCAAGGCCAUCCACAUCCAGCUUCUCUGAUCCCACCCAAUCCUUUGUUACCCCAAUUUCCCUGAUACUUCCCCCGCCCUGAUUUUUCUCCAAUUCUCCCUCAGCUUCUCUACCCCUCCAAACCUUGGCCAUCCUAGGCUUUCUCUGAAACUAGUCUUGGAAGGGGGGCAUAAAAGAGAGGGUUUUAGACCUAGAAGAGAUUUUAGAGAUUACAAGCCCUUCUUCAUAAAAAGUGGCCUUGAGUCAUACUCAUAGAGCAAAUGAUGGAGUUGUGACCCAAAUCCCGGUCCCUGAGUGUAUCCCUUCUCCCAAAUAAAUUCUUCCCUCCCCCAAAUAACUCCAUCCUAUGCUAUGUUGGGCACGUUUUCAUUUUUCCAAAUGAGCAUGCACUAAUUUCCACCUUAGCCUAGUGUUGUGACUUGGAUGGGGCUGGCAGGGAGGGGGUGGGACUCAGUGAAUGUCCCUAAACAUUUAUACAAUAAAAUCAUGAUAACACA